UUCACAUCCACAAAAACUUGAAAUUUUCCAGUUAUCGAUCCAACUGUGGUGGUGACACGGAAAAGAAUGCUGAUUACCAAAGAGUUCCUAUCGGAUAUCCGAGAGGAGUUCGAGAAGGCGCACAAGAAAAUCGACGAAGAUAGCAAGAAUGAUCCACCGACGGAACCGUUCCGUUCGCACUAUGCAGCCCGUGAUAUCCUGCAAUCGGUUCAGCGUAAGCUGAAGGAUCUGUUUUUAAAGCUUCAUGUGGAUUCUGAUGGCGAAUUGAUUGUUCGGUGCAUUCUGGCAAAUGUGUUGAAAGAUAUUGGUAAAAUUUCAAUUUUCACGGAAGAACUAACAAAUGCAGAGCUAGCAUUGAAGGAAGCAGCAGUACUACUAGAUAGCGAUUUCGAAAAACCACAAGCUGUUAAUGCGAAAAUUGAGUUGCUUAACCAGCUAGCAAUAUUGUACUGGAACCGGGGAAACUUUGAAGAGUCAAAACGGCACCUGGACCUGGCAAAGGAUGCAUAUGAAACAGCUAAACUAAACGAAACCGAACCUUUAACCAUAUCGGAUCUUUUCGGUACGAAAGAUGAGAUCGAGAAAGGAAAGGGCCUUAAAUUAAUGGAGAAAAAUCACACUCUGACCCUGUAUUACCUUGCGCAAGUUUAUGGCCAUUUGGAGGAUUUGAAACUUUCCGCCCGUUACUGUCAUCUAACGUUGAAGCGUCAGCUGGAUCACGAUGAUUACGAGCACGUGGACUGGGCACUAAAUGCGGCCACUUUGUCACAGUAUUUCUUUCCACAGAACUGUCUUAGUCAGGCAAGGCACCUACUGGCGGCGGCUUCCUACAUGUUGGAUCGUUUCGAGGAAGAUGUAAUUGCGAAAGAAACCAAUCCAGCUGCCAAGGAGGAAAAAAUUGAGUCGCACCGCCAUCGAUCGGCUGAUAUUGCACGAUGUUGGGCCAAAUAUGAUCUGCACAUUCUGACCACAUCAAAAGAGCGGCUGUGCAACGAUGAUGACGAUGAGACAGCAGGAGAUCGACAACAUCCGAAGGAAUGCUUAAGCCCAGUCAGAGAGGUUAAUCGAUUCGUUGGGUUAGAGGGAAUUUCCGCAUACGAAGAUCAAAUUACCGAUGAAUUUUGCUUAACCUUUGAUGAUGCCAAGCUGGUGAUGUUGAACGGUUUAUCGUGGUUGAACAAAGCGAAGGAUUACUAUACGAAAGAAACGGAAGCGUCGCAAUAUGCGAAAAUCAUCCAGGAUGUUGCCUCUUUCUAUAAAAAUUUGGCAUUCUUCGACGAUAACGAGGAUAAUCAAUGUAAAUUGUAUAAGAGAAGUGCAGAUCAACUUGAGGAAUUGGACGAGAUCUUGAAUGCAACGUACUAUCAAAUGAUUUGCAGAGAAGUUUGGUAUGAAUUAGGUCUCACCUAUUCAAAAAUGUUGGACGUCAAACUAACCAAACUGGAAGCGGACGAGCGACCAUCUCCGCACGCUCUCGGCAAAAUCAACAAGCUCUGUGAGAAGAGCAUUUCCAAGUUUCAGAAAUUUAUCGACUCGUACAAAAUACCGGCGGACACGCUGGAAAUUCCGCCGGGCAUCGACGAAUCGGAACUGCAGCCGAUUCUGUUCGCCUACUUCCACAUCGGUCGGCUGUACUACAAGGUCAUCACACCGGACAAGCGACUGCAGCUGGUCAACGUGAAGAACAGCUUCCGGUACUAUCACAACUUUGUUAAACAUUGCGAACAGUUCGAAGCCGUCGGUGCCUUGCUCAAGGCGGAGAUGGGAGUUUGCAAAGAGAUGAACCAGCUGCUGCCGUUGAAAAUUAAAAGGUUAACGGAUGAGCUCAGCGGCUAAGUGCUGAAUCGGUUAGAGGGGAUAACUAUAAUGAGUCACUAGUGAAGAUACAGCAAAUAAAAAAGUAAAAUUAUAGUUUGUGCAUCAAUUCUAGUUUAAGCGGCUUUUUUAGAUUAAAUCGGGAGCCGCAAAAAACCGAUAUAGCUUAAUAAGCAAUAAAUAAAUAACACUUCAGUGCGACGUUUUUCGCUGGUUUGCCCAAAAUGGUAGUAAAUACUCGUUAUCUUGUACUUUUGGUUUAAUCUUUACGCACUUUGUCAGAAGUAAAGUUCAACGGCAGGAAUGAUUAUUCAAGCAUGUGUAUAAUCAAUUUACGCUCGAAUAAAUAGAUCGUAAUCCAAAGUAAAGAAAACAGAGUGAGUAAAAUAAAGAGACGGCAAAGAACUCACCGUAG